AUGAAUCAAUUGAGAAAACUUCUACCAUUUCAUACAAAAGAACAACAAUUGGAGCCAGUUGUUGCUGUUGUGAAUUCAAAUGGUGAAAGUCCAAGAGAAGAAUGGGAUCGUCCCAUCGAAUUUUUCUUGUCAUUACUUGGGAUGUCAGUUGGAAUUGGUAAUGUUUGGCGGUAUCCCUAUAUAGCCUUUAAAAACGGUGGAGGGGCGUUUAUCAUUCCAUAUUUUUGUAUUUAUUUUUUAAUUGGUACACCAUUGUAUUUCUUAGAAUUAUCGUUAGGACAAUUUACUAGCAGUGCAUGGUGUAUAUUCUAUUUUUUUGCAUCAUUUCGAAAAAAAUUACAGUGGAGUGGUUGUCAGAACAGCUGGAAUACAAAACGUUGUACGGAAAUCAUGGGAUUAUGUAUUGUCAAAGGAAUAAAGUCAUCCGGAAAGGUAGUUUAUUUUACAUCAUUGUUUCCCUAUGUUAUUAUUUUUGCACUGAUUAUACGUGGAGCGACCUUACCAGGGGCAAAAAAUGGCAUACUGUUCUAUUUAAAACCGAAUUGGCAGAAAAUCAAAGAAUUUGAAGUAAGAAUAAUAUGUACACUAGAUACAAAAAAUUUUGAAGUAUGGAUAGCUGCAGCGUCACAAGUAACAUUUUCACUGAGUGUCGCAUUUGGAUGCAUAUUAGGUUACGCCAGUUUCAACAAAUUCAAUGCUAAUUAUCUAAGGGCAGUUGGCUCUUUAGUUGUUUCGUCUGAUUUAGACUAUUUCGUUUUCGCAGGUUUCGCAAUCUUUUCUGUCUUGGGCUAUAUGUCAUUCAAAACUGGUUUACCCAUCGAACAAGUGGCAAAAGCAGGGCCCGGGUUGGCUUUUAUAGCGUAUCCUGUUGCUCUCUCAAUCAUGCCAGCGGGGCCGGUAUGGGCAGUUUUAUUCUUUUUAAUGUUAUUAACACUCGGUUUAGAUUCUCAGAUCGUUUUCUUUUCGUCAGUAAUUCGAUUUAAGACACCGACCGAAGGAGAUUAUGUUUAUCCCUCUUUUGCAAAUGCGCUUGGUUGGUUAAUGGUUGCUGCAUCGAUUAUAUUUAUACCGGGUGUCAUGAUUUAUGAAUUAAUAAAAGCCUGGAACAUUACUCGACAGCCGUCUGACACUGACAGUAUGCCACAUUAUCUUCGAACGUUAAAAUAUGUGAGUAUGCCAUCGAAAGACUGGGGGCCCGCGAAAAACAAAGACAAAAUUGAUCGUUAUUGUGGUAGAAAUCAAAAACGAUCAUUACCACUAAUAGAUUCAUUAUCUUAUGUAAUUAACUGCAAAUAUACUCAUCCGACACAAAAUACAAAUGGAACUACAAAUUUUGCAUUUAUUAAAGAUGAAGAGUGUUCUCGGUUAUAA